AUGCUUCCUCUUUCACUUUUACACACUGCAGCAGGUCACCCCAUGCUCGUCGAGCUCAAAUCAGGAGAAACAUUCAAUGGUCAUCUUGUCAACUGUGACAACUGGAUGAAUUUAACCCUACGUGAAGUCAUUCAAACAUCAGCAGAAGGAGAUAAAUUUUGGCGAUUACCCGAAUGUUAUAUUCGAGGCAAUACAAUCAAAUAUCUGAAUGUGCCAGAAGAAAUUAUUGAUAUGGUGAAAGAAAAUGAAGAUAGACAAAGACAG